CCACAUAUAUUUUGCUCUCGAGAAAUCAUCACUCAUGGCUUGACUCUAACUAGCAGAUAGCUCUCAUAUGCAGCAAAGGAAAUCCUAUGAGCUCUCAUCCUAUCCUAGAACAUGUAUAGGACCCAACAAAUUACAAAUUCAUCAUAGUAAAACAGCAACCAUUUACCAUUUUGAAGCCCUGCGAGAAGGGGAAAGAGAACCCCCACCAAUGGCUGAUGAGGCGAGCUAACUGGUUGGAGGGAAAUCAGAAGCUUCGGCUCUCAAGUCCUUUAUGGUUCAUGGUAUUCGCAUCACUCCUAAUCAGUUUCCAGCCCCAUCGGAUCCCUGGUUCCGAGAGUGAAAGUCGCCGGCCGUUUGUAAGGCGACGAAGCCACGAAGCAAUUGGAACGAUUAGGGCUCCUGAAGGAGCCCGGGAAAGAGCUAAACUGUGCCGGAGUGAGCUGCUUCCGCUCGGCGUUUCUCAUUAUCGCGGCGGCCAGUUUUCCAGGUUUUCUCGUUUCGAUCCUCCUGGUUUGGAGGACAAAGGAGUUUUACAAGAGCGAUGUGUGCGCGAAGUUCAGAGGAGAUCAGGAGGCUAAGGCGUCGGGGAAUGAAGCUGUACCGCCACGAAAUCCGGGGGCUGAUUCUUCGUCGGAGGCUGGGGAAACCGCCGCCGGAGACCGGCGAUCUCAGGUAAAUGACGGUACGAAUGAUCCCUGAAUACCGCGAAAUUUGGAUUUGGGAAAUGGGGCAGAUUUGAAGUGUUAAUUUGCUUUGCUCCCGGACUUGGGCCUUUGUUUAAUCUAAAUUUUGGGCCGAGGAGCUAAAGAGCGUAUUACUAUGGGCUUCCAAUCGGGCCUCCUGAACGCAAUAAGUUAGGCUUGGAACG